AUGAAAAAUACAAUUUUCUUAAUACUAUUAUUAGUUUGUUCAUAAGCAUAAGAAGAUUCACCAGGAACAUCAGCACCAAUGGGAAUUGAAGUAUAAGAGCAAGAUUAUAAUGAUGGACCUGAUGAAGAUUAUAAUAAUGGGCUUGAUGAAAAUUCUGGAAUCUUUUAAAUAGGGGAAUUUAAAAAAGGAAUGGGACCAUUAGAUCAAUUCUUCCUUAAAGAUCUUUUUGAAACCAUAACAGCAGCUUUUGAUGAUAUUGCAGAUAAUCCUAAUGAUUAAACUUUCUUAUAAGAAAAUAAAUAAUCAAUAGAUGAGAUAGAUGGAGGUGUUUUAAAAUUUGAAAGUCCUAUGCUAGGAUUAUUUAAUCCUUUAUUUUCAAUAUUUACAACUGAAGGUGACUCUGAUUUUGUUGAAGUAGAGACAAUUUCAAUCAAUGGAUAGACUUAAACUAAAGUUACAAAGACAAGUACUAGAAAUGGUAUUACAACAACAACAACAGAAAUUACAACAGAAACUUCACUUAAUGAGUUGAAUUAAGAUUAAGAAAAUAAAUUAUCAGAUGACUUUUAACUUUUUGAAAAUCCUACAAUAAAUGAAGUUUUAAGUUAGACAGAUUAAAAUAUUAAUUAAACAGAAAUUAUUGAUUCUGAUUAGAGUUAGUAAGUAGUAACUCAAGUGAAUUUAGGUAUAAAUAUAAAAAUUAUUAUUUUUAGAUAAUUUAGAUUCUAUUUAAGAAUUACAUGUAAUAUAAGAUAAUUAUGUUAAAAAUGAUUAACAAUUAAAUAUUGCUUAAUAAUCUAAUGAUAACUUUACCUUAGGAAUUACAAUAGUAUGUGGAUUAUCAUUAGCAGCAGUUAUUGGAUUCUCAAUUAAAAAGUUUGCUUUUAAAACUGGAUGAACAAGGAAAUAUUAUGUAUAAUUAAUUUAUA